AUGCAACCACUUUUCAAGCCCCCAAGUGGCGGAGAUCUCACUUUGCAGUCCAACAAUGGCAUCAAAUUUGUGGUACACUCUACCAUUCUUAAAAUUGCAUCCUCCGUUUUCAGCAACAUGUUUACCGCUAGUACUGUGAAGGACACUGUUCAGCUGACCAAAAACGCAAGCAAUGUCUUGUACUUGCUUUGGUUUAUUUACCCCAACAGACUUCCGGUUACGAUUAGCCUAGAUGAGCUUCCUAUCUGCUUGUUAAUCACCCAAAAGUACAAUGUUGGGGGUGCUCUUGAGGUCAUUGACAAACUUGUUGCUAUGGAUGGCUCUCCUCAUAAACCACUCUCAUUGGAUCCUAUACAAACAUACCAAUUAGCAGUGCAAUUCAAUCUCACUAAGACCAAGAGCGCAGUUGCACCCCUUGUUACUGCUGCCAUUGGCAAAACAAACUUUUGUGACUUGAGCAAGUUACAAGAAUACGUUCACACAUAUCCCUUGCUGAAAUUGAUUUGCAUGAUGAACUUACAAGCAAUGAGAUCAAAGGCCCUCUUUGACAUUCUCUUUCACUUUAAGACUGCGGCAAGUGCUGGCCUCAAUCUUGCCAUGACAAUGUGA